UUGGUCUGUUACCACACAGAAUCAGAGAAGCAAAAACUUGAAAAUCCGUUUAUAUUUCGUCUUCUCUUCGGAGCCCUCCUUUCUUUCUUUUCCCUCACCAUUUCCAAUCUCUCUCUCUCUCUGUGUAACGCCAUGGACAACGCCAAUGAUAGCAGUGGGUUCUUGGACGCGAGCAAAGCGGAGAGAGCAGUGUGGCUCAUGAAAUGCCCUCCUCUUGUCGCUCGCUCUCUCCAGUCUCCACACGACGUCUCCGACCCUUCUCGCCCCAUUGGCAAGGUCGUCCUCUCCAUCGACCCCCUUCGCUCCAACGACGACAACUCAUCUCCUCAGUUCACCAUGGAAUUGGCUUGCACUGAAUCUGGAAAUAUACCCAAGUGUUACUCUAUGGAUAUGUCUAAAGACUUCAUCCCAAUGUCUGUGUUUUCUGAGUCAUCACAAGGUAAGUUUUCUGUGGAGGGAAAAAUACUGAACAAAUUUGACAUGAAGCCCCAUAACCAGGAUAUUGAGAACUAUGGGAAACUCUGCCGUGAAAGGACAAAUAAAUAUAUGACUAAGACAAGACAGAUACAGGUGAUCGACAAUGACAAUGGGGCUCAUAUGAGGCCUUUGCCAGGGAUUUUUAGUUUUGUGACUUCUGGACCUAGUGAUAAGAAGAAAAUGCCAGCUAAGGGAUCGGACAUGAAAAGAACAAGAAGGGAUCGCGGUGAAAUGGAAGAAAUUAUGUUUAAGCUCUUUGAAAGGCAACCAAAUUGGACUUUAAGACAACUUAUCCAGGAGACAGACCAACCUGAACAAUUCAUGAAAGACAUACUUAAAGACCUCUGUGUCUACAAUAACAAGGGAGCCAAUCAAGGAUCUUAUGAGCUGAAGCCAGAAUACAGGAGAACAAAUGAGGAACCAACUCCCAAAUAGGUCUCAGGGUAUAUAUUUACUCCACAUGGAGACUUUUGUUAUUGAUCACAAGGUUAUAACCAAUCCUGCUUCUUCUACCCUUUUUUUUUCCCUUUCAGACUACAAUGCCCUCUUUAUAUACGCAAUUAAAAUGUUUUCCUCAAGCAAGCAAGAAUAGAUGAUGGGCUACUCCACUUUUUUUAAAGUCUAAUAUGUAGAUUUAGAAUACUUUAUUUUGUGCAGAAUAUGGUGCCGUUUUUCCCUUGUUUUUAUUA